CAAUCCAGUCCAUUCAGCUUGGCCAUACAGGGACGUUGGAUACAAACACCACUUCGAAGGCUGUUUGAUGGGGGAGUUUGGGAGUUCACCUUGCUCCCACACUCAGCCCCCACCAUGCUACUGCCCGUGUUGCUGCUGGCUCUGGCCACGAGUGGAACCCCGACGACCCGGCCGUGCUUCCCCGGGUGCCAGUGUGACGUGGAGACCUUUGGGCUCUUCGACAGCUUCAGCCUGACGCGAGUGGACUGCAGCAGUCUGGGCCCCCACAUCAUGCCUGUGCCCAUCCCGCUGGACACGGCCCACCUGGACCUGUCCUCCAACCGACUGGAGACGGUGAACGAGUCGGUGCUGGCAGGCCCUGGCUACACCACGCUGGCUGGCCUGGACCUCAGCCACAACCUACUCACCAGCCUCCCACCCACCGCCUUCUCCCGUCUGCGCUACCUGGAGUCACUGGACCUCAGUCACAAUGGCCUGGCUGCCCUGCCGGCCGGCAUCUUCACUAGCUCCCCUCUGAGCGACGUGAACCUCAGCUACAACCGGCUGCGGGAGGUCUCCCUGUGGGCCUUCACCACGCCCAGCCAGGGCCACACACAGCACAUCGACCUCACCCACAAUAUGCUGCCCCACCCAGUCCGGGCCACCCUGCCCACGCCCACCAUCCAGAGCCUCAACCUGGCCUGGAACCGACUCCGCGCUGUGCCCGACCUCCACCAGCUGCCCUUGCGCUACCUGAACCUGGAUGGGAACCCUCUGGCCACCAUUGGCUCCGGGGCCUUCGCGGGGCUGGCAGGCCUGACCCACCUGUCACUGGCCAACCUGCAAGGUGUCCCCCAGCUGGAACCCUAUGGUUUCCAAGAACUGACAGGUCUGCAGAUCUUGGAUCUGUCAGGCAACCCCAGGCUCCAGUGGACAGGCGCUGAGGUCUUCUCAGGCCUGGGCUCACUGCAGGAGCUGGACCUGUCAGGGACGGGCCUGGGGCCCCUGCCUGAGCUGCUGUUGCAUCACCUGCCCGCCCUGCAGAGUGUGAAUGUGGGCAACGAUGUGCACUGCCGGCGCCUGGUGCGGAAGGGGGCCUACCCACGGCAGCGUGGCUCCAGCCCCAAAGUGGCCCUGCACUGUGGGGACAUGCAGGAGGCUCUUGCUGCUGCCAGGGGCCCUGACAUCUUGUGACAAACAGUGUGGCCUGGGGCCACAUGACAGACUGUUACCCUGGGCUUGCUCAGGUCCAGAGUGCCUUUGCCCUGGGGCAGGGGCCACAGGUGUCCCCGCUGAGGACCAAGGAGAAGCUCUGCUGUUCAUACCUGGGCCCAGGACUGAUUGGCGGAGACAGCUACUUUGCCUCCCUCAGAUCAUGAGCAGGAGGGAUUUUGAUUCCAGACCAGACUCCAUCAACUCCUGCUGCCCUCCUCCACUUGUCCUCCAAAAGUGCCUUCCCUCUUGCCCAGCCCUAGCUGACCCUGACAGGAGGAAGGAGGGCAGGAGUCAGUGCCGCAGGGCCGAGGGUCCCCUUGGACCCGUCUGCGGCACCAUCUUAGGGGCCAAAGCAUAGCCCCUUGUUGUUUGUGCCCUUUCUCCUGCAGCCCUGGAUAGCACCUAAAUUGUGUGUGGGGGGGUGGGACCUGGAAAGAACACAGCAGGUCCACCCUUGUCCUGAGACACAAUGACAAUCUCCAGUGGGCAGAGACACUACCCCGGGCUGUCUGUUUGCAGUCCUUUCUGGGCACAGGCAGGCCUGCAGAGGCGUGUCUCAUCCCAGAGGCCAGCUGUGAGGUGCUAUGGGGCAAAGUCAGUUCUUUUAGAACCCCUGGAAGCUUGGGACCCACUCAUCCCAGCCCUGCAAGUUCUUUGCUCUGGACUGGGGUUCCCCAACGUCAGGAUGGGAGUCAGCCCUGAUGCUGUGCCCCAGGAGCUCCCCUAAAGAGCUGGUAUGGUCUUGGGGCCCCAUCUGUGAGCUUCCAGAGCCUCCUGGACACAGGUACCCCGAGGACACACACUCUCUGUCUUACACACACACACACACACACACACACGUUCCUGGGGCAGCAUCUCAGUUCCAAACCCUGGGCCUGUUCCUCCCUCUGUCUUCAUUUUGUAAACACUGUUGCCUUUUUAACAGAAUAUCUCCUUCACCCUUACUCUCCUCCUCUGCUGGCAAGGGGAUGGGAACCUGUCUUUUGUAAAAGGAGAAGA